AUGCUUGUUCCCUCGCUUAUUGCUUCUUGGCUGACGCUCUCCUCGGCUUCAACACUCCCUAUUUUGGGUUUGGAUUUGCAAGUAGGAGCAGCACAACGCGCUGCCUAUUUCCUUGACAAUGACCCAAGUGGUGCUUCGGUCGUCUCUUUGAACAUCUUGAGCAAUGGCACUCUGUCUAAUCCCGUGAGAGCUUCUACCAAAGGAAAUGGUUCCUAUGGAAAGUGGGUUGUGCCGAACCCUCCCCCCCCUGAUAACUCUGGGUUUUCAGGGCCAGACAGCCUGUUCUCUGCCGACGCAAUUGUUGUAUCCGGCAACUUUCUUUUUGUUGUCAAUGCUGGUAGCAACACAUUGUCGUUAUUUAAAAUCGACCCCAGCAACCCUCAGCAUCUCACACUUGUUGGCGAGCCUGCUAGUACGCUGGGUGAUUUCCCAGUCUCGGUAGCCUACUCUGAGAAAAUCAAUACUGCUUGUGUUCUCAAUGGUGGAACCAGGGCUGGUGUCGCUUGCUUCUCGGUUGAUGAAGCUCGCGGUCUCGCAGCCUUGGACAGCAGCCUUCGCGACAUCACCCAAACCGUUAAGCAAACGACGCCACCAAGUGGCCCCAUCCUCACUGUCUCGGAUAUCAGGUUCAACCCGUCUUCAACAGGUCUCUUUGUCACCAUCAAGGGCUCGCCUCCUUCUUCUUCAGGAGCCAGUCCAACUCUGGGUUCAAUCUACGCGUGGCCGGUAGUUGGUAACAAAGUUUCCAGGACAGCGACAAUUUCGCAACCAUCAGGUGCCAUCUUGAGUUUUAGCCUCAACUUUUUGGGCGCAGAUGAUACAGCUCUACUUACAGAUGCUGCGGGAGUUGCAUAUAUUCUGUCUGUGUCUUCCAGCUUGCAGGCGACGGUCGAACACACAGUUGCGCUUCCGUCCAACGAAGGGCUCGCUUGCUGGGGCGUAUACGUGGAAGAACUCAGCAGCGCUUAUGUCUUGUCAGCAAGCAAUUACAACAUUACUGUUGUGAGCCCCAGCACGGGUUCCGUAAUGGACACCAUUACUUUGCCAGCAACUGAUGUUGGUGUUUUUGACAGCGCAUCUGACAGAACAUAUUUAUACAGCCUUACUAAUGGUCCAAGCCUUGCUGUGAUUGAUCUGGCCGCGAAGCCCCAGAAAAUGCUCCAACAUCUGGACUUGGGUGCGAUAGGAUCCAGGAAGGGCUGGCAGGGUAUGGCUACUUAUUCUAGUGCCUGA